ACUUAAGCCAGCUGAAGUCUGCAGCUGCUCAUCCAAGCCUGUUCCUUUGGGAAUACGGCAUCUAGGAUUAUCUCUACAAAUUAACCAAAAGGUGGAGUGAAUGGAUAAUACAGUCAUCACCAAGACGGUCAGCUCCAGUGGAGGAGGAGGGGGAGGGACCAAAGUGGUCAAAACAACCAAAGUGGUAACACAGAGUGAGUUCUCGUCGGGGUCUGGAGCUUCUGGGGCUCUCCUGUCAGGAGGCUCGGGCAGCAGCACCAGCUCUGUCCUGCUCACAUCCUCCUCCACCAACAGCAGCAGUGGCUCAGCGGGAGCAGUAGGGGGUGCCAGUGCAGGAGUGCUCUCGAUCUCCUCAGGGGGCGGGGCUUCGUUUGCUUCAGGGGGCGGGGCUUCAGUAGGUGCACGGGCUGCGGGGGGAUCAUCUUAUGCAUCCUCCGGGUUUCUGAGCAGCAGCAGCAGCAGUGGAGGGGGGAUAGGGUCCUCGGUCACGAAGAGCUACAGCUCUGGAGCUGAGACCAGGAAACUGUCCUCUGGGGGUGCACUGUCCUCUGGCGGUGCACUGUCCUCUGGUGGUGCACUGUCCUCUGGGGGUGCACUGUCCUCUGGGGGUGCACUGUCCUCUGGGGGUGCUUUGUCCUCUGGGGGCUCGUACUCUGCUUCAGCCAUUGAGAGCAAGAGCACUCUGACUGCUGCUGUGUCGGGCGUGUUCGAUGAGAGUUCAAGCACCAAUUCCUCCCCUGAGUACAACAGGAAAGACUACAACAUGACCACUACAACUAAGACUACGACCACUAGAGGGCGGACGCAAAGCCGGGAGAGUGAAAUCAGGACAAGGCUUCAGAGUUCUUCUCCACCUGGAACAUGGACUGAGUUGGACGAUGUGAAGCGUUUGCUGAGAGGAAACCGCUCGACCAGCAUCAGCCCCCCUCGCUCCCCCAACAACACCCUCCCCAUCCCCAAGAAGGCCAGUAUGGAGACCAGGACCCUGUCUGAGAGCUCUGGGGGAGAUCAGUAUGGCAGCAUAUGGACUGGCACAGCAGGUGGAAGCUACAGCUACAAUGGUAACCUGGCCAACAACAACCUGUCGGCUACCUCUACCAUGUACCAGUCAGGGGUUCAGAACAACAUGGCGAUUGGAGCACCCUCUGCUGGAGGUGGACUGUCACUGAGCAGCACAGUGCCUGUCUAUGGAGUUCAAAAUAAUCUGGCUGGUACAGGUCCGCUCCUGUCUCCCACCUCUAGCACUGGACAAAUAGUUUACGGUGUUCAGAAGAAUGUGUCAAGUAGUGGCCUGAUUCCAACUACAGUGAGAGCUGCCAGUCCCAUUAAAGAUGAAUCGACCACCAAAGAUUUUAAGUUUGUUUUUGUGGAGAAAGAAAAUGUUCCAGUGAAGAAAGAGACAGAAGGACUGAUCAUGGCCAAAGACACAGGGAAGAGUUUUAUGUCCUCUGCUCCUUCAAGUCUCACUGAAGGCUACUCCGAAGAUUCACUGAAGAGAGAAAAACAGAAGAUGUCUGCAAGCACAAUGGAGGAAGGAACAGACACAAAAUGUGGAAGCCUCAAGACAUCAACAAAAGAUAAAGCUACUUAUGCAGAGAUCCGUAAAGAUGCCGCUGGCUUGGCAUUCUGCUCGUGCUGCAGUUGGUGGAAGUGGUUGCUGGGUCUGCUGCUUUGUCUGCUGCUCCUCCUCGGACUCCUGUUUGGACUCAUUGCAUUAGGUGAAGAGGUCAAACGCCUCAAGGAGCGUGUUGACACUCUAGAGGCCAUCACUGGUAGCGCAUCCUCCGCUCACACCAGCCGCCUCUCUUCCUCCUCUGGAAUAAACAUUAUCGACCCUCUGGACACAGCCUACAUCGACAGGAGCUCUGCGGGGAACACCCUGACGCGAUCUGAUCCCAACAGCAUCAACAUAAAUCUGGGUUCAUCUGGGGCAGGUGCAGGAACGGGGGCAGCUGCAGGUGCAGGACAGGACAGUGCCGCCCUCCAACGGACCAUACAGCAGCUGAUCAGGGCUGAACUCCGAUCAGACAUAGUAAGAGAAUCUCUAAGAGGGGCAAAGGGAGAUCCUGGUCCUAAAGGUGAGACAGGAGCUAUGGGACAUAAAGGUGAAAAUGGCUUCCCAGGUCUACCGGGUCCUCCAGGACAGAUGGGCCACCCCGGACUGGAGGGACCACGAGGGGCAAAGGGCAGCGCAGGUGAACAUGGGCCAGAGGGGCCUCCAGGACAGAGGGGCCGAGAGGGUCCGAUAGGCCCUAGAGGCGAGACCGGUCCUCCCGGAUUUGGAGAAAAAGGAGAAAAAGGAUCUGCAGGAGAGCCUGGUCGUCCUGGUGCUGUCGGUUCUCCUGGACCUGUGGGACCCAAAGGAUCAAUGGGAGAGCAAGGAGCUCCUGGAAUCCCAGGUGCUCCGGGUCUGAAGGGUUUUAUCGGUGAGGCUGGCGCUCCAGGAGCCAAAGGUGAUCGGGGAACUCCUGGGGCCUCAGGAAGCAAAGGAGACCAAGGAGAAAGGGGACCUCGUGGACCAGCAGGUGAACCAGGACAGCCAGGAACCCCUGGUCCAGCUGGACCAAAGGGAACCAAAGGACUUGGAGGUGAACCAGGCUCCAUGGGACUGCCUGGUGCAAGAGGACCACCUGGACUUCCUGGAGACAUUGGACCGCCAGGUGUUCCAGGUAUUCAAGGCCCACCAGGUGUCGCUGGAAUUCCUGGCCAACCUGGAGCUAAAGGAGAGUCUGGUUCACCUGGGAAAGUUAUCGCUGCAGCUGGCUCUGACACUGUGGCGAUCCCUGGUCCCCCCGGCCCCGCUGGCCCUGCUGGUCCUGCUGGGGCCCCAGGUCUAUCAGGUCCCAUUGGUCCUGCUGGAGUCCCCGGAGCUUCUGGUGCCAAGGGAGAGCCCGGAGAGAAAGGGGAACCAGGUUCAAAGGGAGAGAAGGGUGAAAAAGGUGAAAAGGGAGAAAAAGGAGAAAAGGGUGAGAAAGGAGAAAAGGGAGACAAAGGAGAGAGUGGAGAGCCUGGUGCCAGCACCACCUCACAGUCUGAGAGUGCCACAGAAAAGAGCAACCUUGGCUCUGCUGCUGGGCCUCCAGGCCCACCUGGCCCUCCUGGACCCCCAGGACCACCCGGAGAAGCCGGACCAGAGGGUCCACCUGGUGAAGGUAAACCUGGUUCUCCUGGACGCAGAGGUCCUCCAGGCCCUCCAGGUAUUGGCACACCUGGACCUAAAGGUGACCAAGGAGAACCCGGCAGCUUUGUUCCUACGUCAGAGACCUUCUUUGCAGGACCUCCAGGGCCCCCAGGGCCUCCAGGCCCCCAAGGCCCCGAGGGGCCGACAGGUGAACCAGGGUCCCAAGGAGAACCAGGUCAACCAGGACUUCCUGGAAGCCAGGGAGAACAAGGAGAACCAGGACACGGAUUCCCUGGUCAGCCUGGACUACCUGGACCUGAAGGACCAGAGGGUCCCCCUGGACAACCAGCUCCUGCACCCCCACCGGGCCCUCCAGGUCCCCCAGGCCCCCCCGGAGCUCCUGGUCCUCCAGGACAAGAUGGCAGUGACUCUGCAGAUGUGAGCCAGACUGUCGCUGAGUUAUUACAGAGUGAUGGUAUAAGGCAGUACCUGUCCGGUCCGCCAGGACCCCCAGGUCCUCCUGGAACACCAGUUGUUAGCUAUGGACAAGGUGCAGGUAUUCCAGGACCUCCAGGUCCACCUGGAGCUCCAGGUACUCCAGGUACUCCAGGUGCCCCAGGCACCCCUGGAUAUCCAGGAGGGGCCUCUGCAGAUGGGCAGAUAGAGGACAUAACCAACAGAAUCCUCAGCUACAUUCAAAGUCAAAGAUAUGACAGUGGUUCUGGGGCCCCUGGGCCUCCUGGACCCCCUGGACCACCAGGAGCUGUCUCUCUCAAUGAUAUCAUUGCUCUCAUGCAAAGAGAUGAUGUGAGGAGAUAUGUUGGAGGUCCACCGGGUCCACCAGGCCCUCCUGGGGCUCCAGGAGGAGGGGGUUACUCUUUUAACCCUGUGGAGGUCGCAGAAAGAGUUCUUGCUCUCAUGAAUGAACGAGGGCUGGCAGGUGUCCCGGGACCUCCAGGACCCCCUGGAUCUCCAGGGCUUCCUGGAAGCUUUAAUGCUAUUGUAGGUCCUCAAGGACCACCUGGGAUCCCAGGAUCCCCUGGACCAGUGGGACCCCCAGGACCUGUGGGACCACCUGGAGCUCCGGGACUGGCCAGCUACAUCACCACUGAUAUCCGUGACUACCUGCAGAGUGUUGCCUUCAGGGGUCCUAGAGGUCCACCAGGCCCCCCUGGACCUCCAGGUCCAAUGGGACCUCCCGGGCCUUAUAAUGGAUUGGUUUCAUAUGCGGAGCAUGCUGACAGAGAUGUCCCCAGAGCUGAACUGCAGGACUACAAAAAGAUUGACAACUCAGGAGUGCCUAUGUUCGGGCUCCCCGGUCUGCCUGGACCUCCUGGACCCCAAGGAAACAAAGGAGAACCGGGUGACAUUGGGGACUACCCCAGCAUGGCCCUUAGAGUGACAGAUUACAUCAAAACUCAUGGACUUCUGCGGGACGUCGGUUCACAAUCUAUGGUCCGUGGACCUCCAGGACCCCCUGGGCCUCCAGGUCCCGCUGGCUACACCCGAUGGUUAUCGUCCCACACAAAUGCCACAGAACUGGUGGAUUAUAUGAAAUCUCAUGGAGUUUUCAGGGAUGUAUUAAAUGAGUACCACAGUCACUUCCACAACGGCCUCCCUGGACCACCAGGACCCCCAGGACCGCCCGGAUCCCCGGGCCACAGCCGCCUGUUCGGUUCUGAUGCAAAUAUCACUGAUUUAGUGGAGUACAUCAAAAGGUAUGGGGCCAUUGUGGGGAGUCCAGGACCCAAAGGGGACAUGGGACUUCCAGGACCAAAGGGAGAAAGAGGAGAAAGAGGACUUCCUGGGCCUGAAGGACCAAGAGGCCAAAAAGGAGAGUAUUCACCUGCAGCCAAACGAAAGAGGCGGAGUCUCAGAGGAGUUUAAAAUGUUUAAAUAAAUGUACAGCUUUUGUAAGAUUUAAGGAUUUAUUUUGUUAAGGACUUUAAAGCAUUGUAAAUGUUUUUUGUAUUUUGCAUUAGUAUUUUUGGGAUUGUUUGUGACUUCAGGGAUGUUUUCACUUGGCACUUAAUUUGAAUGUUUAUGUGGUGAAAAGUUUUUUGUUUUUGUUUUUUUUUGUAAAUAGAGCUUCUAUUGAAAUAGGAGGCAUUUGACAAGACAGCUCGAAUAGAACAAAUUGUUUAUUUACAUCCAAAUGAGAAAAUCACCUAACUAAUACAAUUGUUCUAAAAUUUUACAUUUUAAUAACAAUUUCAAAUUAAUUUUGUGCAUU